AUGAAAAAUAUAAUAAGGCGUUUUAAGAACAUGUCAGAUCAAGAAUUGAAAUCUUCUCUUGACUUAAUUUAUCCAUCAAAAACUAUUAAUAAGCAAAUUUUAGAAGAAUUGGAGGAAAGACAUAUCCGUAAUGACUCAAAAAUUUUAAAAUAUCUUUUAGAGCUCAAGAAAAUGAGAUUUGAGGAAUGGUCUGUAGAUCGACUCCUUCUUAUAUUAUUUGACACCGAUCAUCCUUCAAAUCAGAUUAAAACACCUUUGUACGUAAUAGAAAAUAUUAAUGCAAAAAAACCAGUAAAAUUUAAAAAUAUUUUAAAAUGCAUAAAACAAAAAAAACUGUCUGAUGACUUUUUAAAUUUCGUAUAUAUUCUCGAGCAUAUAAUUUUCGCCUUAAAUAUGAGUAAUCAACAAAUGAAACAUAAAGUAAUAUUAGAUUAUACUGAUUUUAUAUUAAACUUUAUUGAUUUAGUUUCUAAAAUUAAAGGUAAAGAAAAAAUAUCUGAAAUUACAAAUUUAACAGAUGGUAAAUUUUACUACAAAGAAACGUGGCUUUUUGCUUUAAGAAAUAAGCUAGUCACGGAUCAAAUAUUAUUUUUAAUUAUGUAUAAUAUUAAAGAUAUGAAAGAACAUAAAGUACAGAUUAUAAGAAAUGAUUUACAAAGAUGGAUAUUUACAUUUACAAAUGACAAUUAUAUAGAUUAUAGAAAUGUUCUAAAUAUAGUUUCUAACUUAGAGGCUAGAUAUUUAAAUAAUGCUGAAUUGGCAGAAAAUAUUAUUUUAGAAAAUUCUGAAUCUAAAAAUAUCCCCAAAAUGUUUACCUUUUCUGUAUUGCCUGCUGAAAAAACUACAGAAGAUAAAUCUUUAGAAUGGUAUAAAGGUAGAAAUGAUAAACGUAAAUUGUAA